AUGCAGAUGAAACAUCAGGAGAGAAUGCUGAUGGAACAUGGCCAUACAGCCCACAAAACUCACAGCAACCCAUUGGAGAAAUACAUUUUCAUAUUUUCCCCUAUGAGUUCCUGCAUAAUCAAUGUCCUAAAACUCUUCCUUUCCUCUUCAGAAUAUAUGCGGUAUCAAUCUUGGAAAAAGGACCAACAGGAAUUCCGUCGGACAGGGUUGAAACAGAGAGGGACAACCGGUUGGGACCUGGUCUCCGUCAUCCUUCUUAUGAUCUUCUAUCGUCCUGUCCUGACACCCCAACACAGGCAGAGGAGGAACGUCCAGCACAUUUUUAUUCAUUUCAGCGCCUGGGAAUAUGCCGGGAGUGACCAGCUCUGGGCCGGCCUCAUUACGGCUCUAUGUGAUGGCAUCGAGAGUCAUUUUGGCCUGGCCCCGAUGAGCGUCUACCGAACUGUGGGUCGGAAAUGCGGCAUUGUUGAGUCAUCUCUACCCAAAGAAUGGGUCAGCAAGAAGUAUCUCUGCCUACCCUUAUGGGCUGCGAUACUUCUGGUGUUCGGGGUGGCUGUUGUGGUUGCUGUCCUCAUCUUUCUAUACGGCAUCCCAGUCGGCGAUGCUUCUGGAGAUGCCAUCGCAGUGGCCGAGGGUGUUGGGGCCACGGCAGUGGGGAUCACAGCGGCAGCAGCAGUCCGGAUGGGCGUGAUGGUGCUCCGGAAUGUGGUGGUCACCCAAAAGGCCCAGCUGGAGAGGCAGAUGAACCGGACGGACCUCAGUGCCCAGUUGGGCUUCAUGAGCAAUGUCAAGAGGGAAGUCAGGAUCAUCGCCAAGUUCCUCCAGUUCAUGGAGAUCUUCCAGCGCAGGAAGCUCCGGGUAGUUCUGGAAAUCACCAGCUUGGACCGCUGCAGCCCCGACAAAGUGGUGGGUGUCCUGGACGCGAUGAACAUCCUCCUUUCGGACUAUGAGGCCCCAUUCGUCUCCAUCUUGGUGGCCGACCCGAGCGUGAUCGUGGACUGCGUGGAGAACUCACUGUUCAUGAAAGGGAUGGCCAACAAUGGCUAUGAAUUCCUCAACCGCAUCAUCACCUUGCCCUUUUCGGUCCCCAAGACGGACCUCAACACCAAGAUGCAGCUGAUCCAGAGAAUCGUUCAAUGCAAGGAGGAGCAGGAGAAAAGUUUUGAAGACGAUGAGGAAUCAGGAGAAAACCUUCCGCUGAAGAACCCGGCUAAAGAGACAAAUACGUCAAGAAUUUGCUGUUGCUGUAAAUCACCUGAUCAGAAGAUGCCUGGCAGAAACAGAGACAGCUGCCGGGUGCCUUUAGUGGUGGUGAAUUCCCCUAAGACGGAAGAGCCACACAACAGAAAAUGUGGGAAAGGCUUCAAAGCCAAAGAUUUGAUCCAAGAGGCCUUUGAGUACUUGCUGGACGACAGCAUGAAGGAGUACGUGACAGACAACAUGUUGCAAAUGAAACGGAUCAUCAACAGCAUCGCUGUCACGGUCCGGCUCAUGGCGACGGAGGUUCCUCGAGAGAAGCUGUGUCCACAAAAGGUGACCUCCUGGGUUCUUCUCGCCAACCAGUGGCCCUGCAGACUGAGUUGGAUCUUGCAGUGCAUCGAGGACGACGAGCAGACGGGCCGCCUUUGCGAGGGCCAAGAGUGCCAGCUCACCCCAGACCUCUUCUUGUGGGAGGUGUACGAGAAGUACAUGGAGGAGCUCGACAUGCUCAAAGCCCAGCUGGAGAAGCUGCUGGAGCUGGACAGGGACCCGGAACUUUUCCACAACUUCAUCUGCGGACGCUUCCGGGUGAAGGACGCCAACUUCUUCCUGCCCUACACAGUCAACCUGGACUCUUCCUUGAAGAGACACAUGGAGCUCUUGCGAGGCAGCCGCAGCCUCAAGCGGACCAACAAGAGCCACGGGAUUUCCAAAUGCAUCCUCUUGGGGAUGUCGGUAGAGCAGAUCUGCAAAGAGAUGGACAAUCUUUCCCUGAAGGAGGAAAAUGCCCAGCGGUACAAAGAGCGGUUGAGGGAGCAUCACUUGGACGGCCGGGCGCUGCUUUAUAGUGACCGAAACGAGGUGAAGGAUGCCCUUGGCAUGGGCCUGGGCGAAUGGAUGGCCUUCUGCAUGCAUUUUCUUGACUCCGUCCCUGCAUCUUCUGCAUUGCCGUUGUUCCCAGCAAAAAGCUGGCUAAGCUUGCAGGACAGCACGUUGAAAGUAAGCCGGCUGUCCUUAUCCAAGGAAAACAUCCUCUGA